AUGUCGCAAGCACCUAAAUACUUAACUGGCGAUUCAGCUGCCAUCAACGAGUUUCUUGACAAGUUUGACGUCUUUUUACUUGAUUGCGAUGGAGUCUUGUGGUCCGGAGAUCAUGUCUUCGAGGGCACCACCGAAACUUUGGAGAUGCUAAGAUCCAGGGGAAAACGCGUUGUAUUUGUCACCAACAAUUCCACAAAAGACAGAUCAGCCUAUCAACUGAAGCUCAAGAACUUGGGUAUCCCUAGUAGCGUUGAAGAGAUAUUCGGCUCGUCUUACUCAGCCGCAAUAUAUAUCUCGCGCAUCUUGAAGCUACCCGCGCCUAAAAACAAGGUCUUCAUCAUUGGCGAGAGCGGCAUGGAGUCCGAGCUGCGGGAAGAGGGGGUGCCUUUCAUCGGCGGCACGGAUCCGGCUUUGAGGCGAGAUAUUACGCCUGAAGACUUCAAGAGGCUGGCUGACGGCUCUUUGCUAGACCCAGACGUCGGUAUCGUACUUGUCGGGCUGGAUCUCCAUAUUAAUUACCUGAAACUGUCUAUGGCCUACCAGUAUUUGCUACGAGGCGCCAAAUUCCUCGCUACAAACCUCGAUAACUUGCUACCUUCCGGCACUACCUUUUUUCCCGGCGCCGGGUCUAUCUCUGCCCCGUUAGUCAGCAUGACUGGUGAGACACCCUUGACGUUGGGGAAGCCUAGCCAGGCCAUGAUGGAUGCGAUCGAAGGCAAAUUCCACUUGAACCGGGCGCGGACUUGCAUGGUCGGCGAUAGGUUGAAUACUGACAUCCAAUUCGGUAUCGAGGGAAAGUUGGGAGGAACUCUGCAUGUGCUGACCGGUGUUCAUAAGCGGAAGGAUUGGGAGGCAGAGGACGCUCCAGCUGUCCCUUCCUACUAUGUUGAUAAGCUGAGCGACCUCAGAGGUGCGACAGCAUAA